AUGUGGUGGGCUGUUGUAUCGGUCUUUUUGGCAGUGUGCACAGUUGGACUUGUGAGAUUUGCGCUUAUUUCACCUAUUUUUCGUGUAGGACAGCAGCAGCAGGUGCCGGAUGGAGAUGCCGUGGUAUGUUCUUCGAAUAGGGAGGAUGCCCCUGAGCAUGUAGUUGUGUUUUUAGGUUCCGGUGGGCAUACGGGGGAGAUGCUGCGACUGCUGAAGGCUUACCAGGGGGUUUUGGUUAGCGGUACGUGUUGCCUUUAUGUGUGCUAUGCGGAUGGGGCCAGUUCGGAGAAGAUUAGACAGUUGAUUGCGGGAGGGGGGCUUAAGCUUCGCAAGGUGGUAUACAUAGGGAUGCCCAAAGCUCGUGAAGUUGGGAGUUCUAAGGUGGAGUCUGUGCGCAGCAUAGUGCGGUCGAUGUAUCAUACGUACCGAGUUGUUGUCGGAAUACGGGCCAAGAUUGGAGAUGCACCCCACUUGGUGUUGUUUAACGGGCCUGGGACUUGCUGUGUAUUAACUUUAUGGCUGCGGACGUUGGACAUUUUCAUGCGACGCAGUACUAAGAUUGUCUACGUUGAGUCGUUGGCCAGGAUCAAGACAUUAAGCAUGACCGGUCGGCUGUUGUAUCCGUUUGUUGAUGAGUUUGUAGUGCAGUGGCCCGAACUUGCCAGGAGGUAUAGACGGGCGCGGUAUUUCGGUAUUCUCGUGUAG